CCUCCUCGCCGCUCUCGCUUUUGUCUUUACGUACGUUGCACAUUUUACGUCCGUCACAUUGCGAAUCAGCAUUCGUGGUGUUUAAUCGUAUGCCUUUCGCGUAUCGUGUUCCGUAUCGUCGGUGUAUUCAUAUAGCAGUGCCGGGAUUAUUUGAAUGUGGGAGAAGAGCGGCGGACGUUACGCAAAUCUAGGAAAGUGACUCCGUGAACGAUGGUAUCCUCGACAGUGACGGAAGCCAGCCCGGUGAAAAAAUCAUGCGGCGCGAUGGGCAUUGCGCCGGGCGAUUAUCGCCUGGUCGGCUGGGACAUGGACACCACCGGCAAGAAGGUCAUCGACGAGAUCUGCCAAAUAGCCGCGUACACUCCCAGCGCCACUUAUUCCCAGUACGUGAUGCCAUACAAAGAUCUCAAUCCGACCGCCAUAAAACGUCAUAGCAUGAAGGUUGUGACCAAUGGCAAAUUCCGCGUGCUCAGGAACAGCAAGACCAACGAGGUAAUCAAAUCCAAAAGCGAAGUGUCAGCACUUACAGACUUUCUGAGCUGGUUAGAAACUAUGAAGGAAAACGCCACGGACGGUGUAAUUCUGGUUUACCAUGAGCCACGCAAGGUUAUUCCCGCGAUGCUGCUUGAAUCGCUGAAGAAGUACGAUUUAGUCGAUCGAUUCAAACAGACAGUCAAAGGAUUCGCGAACGGAUUCAACAUAGCCGAAGAAAAAUGCGCGAACUCGGCGCACAUUUAUUCUCUUCGCACUUUAUCGCGCACGUUGCUGAAGAAGGAAGCGAAUCUGGGCAAUGCGCAACAUCGAGCGUCGUUGGCGUUACAAAUAGCACAAUACUUGUGCUCGAUCGACAGCGAGAAGACCGAAGAUGCGAGCGAGAGCGAAAAUGACAAUGAAAAAGCUAUGAAAAGAGCAGUCGAGUGUAUUCGAGAAUUCGCACAGCCUGUUGACAUCGAAGAAAAAGAACACAAUGAGCUAAAGAUGAUAUUCGAGCGGCAGAACAAUUUACGGCCCAUAUUCAGCGCACUGUUCCGUAUGAAUCGCCGCGAACGUCAACACGCUAGUCCCCUGCGGCGACUGUUAGCUGAGGCCGGAAUCGUGUACUCGGAGCUACAGGAUGCGUGGACCAACGCAAAGAAGGAUGGACUGGAGCACCUUAUGAAGGAGAAACUCCCGACAGUUGACGAGAAAAGGAUGGAGGAUCUGAUGAUUAUCCUCGAGCGCCAUUUCGAUCCGGAGAAGAAGCCGAAAGGUAGAACGCCGGAGAAGAAAGGUAUCAAGUCAAGAAACGAGAAAAAGAUAAGCGAUGACAAGGAGAAUAAUAACAAAAGUGACUCGGGCCACGACAGUCCUGAUACCACAACGUCCGGUUCGCCCGUGAAAAUGAACGGCGACAACGUCGAGAUUAAACCAGAGUCAUGCUCUUUGACGCAAGAGUGUGCCGAACACGUUUAAUGCUACUAAUACUACUCGAUUUCUCUUUUACGCACCGCAAAGCGGGAGCACCUCGCGGCAUCAUUUGUAUCUCUGUCGUUCGUUACGACCAUCGGCCGUACGAACGAACGUGGAUUCUUUUUUUGUUGCCAUAACGGUCGCGGAUGACGAAAAAUUGGUAAGUAAUGCGAGAAUAGAUUUAGCGCAUCAAAUACAGCUUGUAUUUAGCUGGACUCACUAUAAUAUAAAGCAUGCUGUAAGAAUAUCGCUAAAUCUAUGCUCGAUCGAAAUGAGCCACGAUGGGAUCUCCGCUUUAUUCUUGCGGUAAUUCUAGGGUAAAUUUAUUAGAAUAAGUUUACGAUCGUCCGAUGGACGAAGUUGUUGUGCGUGAUCAGAAAUGUGUUAUUUGUUUUGUAUUUUUUCAUUUUUUUCUUUUUUUUUUUUUUAAUUUUUGUUCGCAUUCGUCGGCAUGAUUUAAAAAAGGACAGAUUUCCUACGAGACACGCCGUCGAAUUUAGCUCAAUGUACAAAUAACACGUUAAGCGACGUUUAAUUUGUUACGCGCAAAGAUAUUUAAUAUCGUUUAGGUUUCAUAAUUUUAUACUCGUUUGUUUUCUCUCCUUCUCUUUAUUGUUUCUUUCUCUUUUAUUUAUCCCGAGGAUUUGUACGCUCGCUAUGUGGCGAGAGCGUCCGUUUAAUAGACUGCUCUAAGUGUGAAAGGCAUAGGAAAUAUCACAGGUCCGUGUUACCGUAUAGUUUACGAUGUGUACAGUAGUGUGCACGAUAUUUUCUACUUUUUAUUGUUUAAGUCGCGCGUGAGGCGCGUGUAGUAGUAUUAGAGAGAUAUAUUUUUGUAUCGCCAUGCAAUAUAUAAUUUCAUUUUUGCUGUGAGAUCUCAUUGUAUGAACAUUGAAUAAUAAAAAUUGGAGUUUAAAAUUGUAA